GAAUUCUCCCUGUCACACUCCCUCACCCACUAUCAAAUUCAAUUCCAACACCCAAUAUAUAUAACCGGAAAUAAUUAGAGCAAUCAAUCCCAAAACAACUCCUUUAUCAUUUUCACAUUGUUUCUACUCUCUUUCAAUUUUCAAAACAAAAAGAAUCCCUCUUUUCCCUUUAAGUUAUUCCUUUGUUUUCUCACUUUAAUCCCUUUCCCCCUCUCUCACUCCAGAUGAAGACAAUCAUGGCCAAAACCCCCCAAGACUCCUCCUUCUCCUUCUCCCGCAGAUACUUCCACUGGAAAAACAAAGACGACGACGAAAUGCAAGAAAUCCUCAACUUCACCCCCAAAUCGGAAGACCUCAAGACCUUCCCAAUGCAGCAGCAAUCCGCCCGGGCCCGGAAAAGGGUAUCCGUCCUGGCCAUCUCCAAGCUGCUGGGCCGGGCCCGGUCUCCGUUCUCGUCGGGCCGGGUCGUGGGGACCCUCUUCGGGCAGCGGCGCGGCCACGUCCGCUUCGCGUUCCAGGAGGAUUUCAAGGCGGCGCCGGCCUUCCUGGUGGAGCUGGCCACGCCGACGAGCGCGCUCGUGAAGGAGAUGGCGUCCGGGCUCGUCAGGAUCGCGCUGGAGUGCGAGAAGCGGGCCGAGAAGAAGGGCGCGAAGCUUCUGGAAGAGCCCGUCUGGCGCACCUACUGCAACGGGAAGAAGUGCGGCUACGCGAUGCGGCGCGAGUGCGGCGCGGAGGAGUGGAAGGUGCUGAAUUCCGUGGGCCCCAUCUCGAUGGGCGCCGGCGUCAUCCCCGGCGGCGGCGAGAUGAUGUAUAUGAGGGCGAAAUUCGAGAGGGUGGUGGGGUCCAAGGAUUCGGAGGCUUUCUACAUGAUGAAUCCGGAUGGAAAUGGAGGGCCGGAGCUGAGCAUUUACUUGCUCAGAGUUUGAACAUCGAAUUGGGGGAAAUUGCAGUUUUUUCUUAAUUUGUUGUAUUAGGGUUUAAUUGGAGUGGGUGGUGGAGGAGGUAUAAUUAUUAGGUAAAGAUAGUAGCGGUGGGAAUGGUAUAGUUUGUUAAUAUGUUGGGGUUUUACUGCUUAUUUAAGAUUAUGAUUUGCAGUAAUUUGUGAUUUUAGUUGAGUAAUUUUAUCGAA